GAUAUCCGCAUUCAUCGACAUACUUUCGAUUUUCAGGUUUCUGGAACAUUCUGACACUUGUUGAUCAACUCAAAUCCAUUCGUCUCCCAAAGCAAUGGCUUCCUCUCUCGUCGCUCGCCAAUGUCUGGCCGCCCUCUCCUUCAGCACUGCCGUGAAGGGCGCUGCUCUCUCCAACCGCCGCAUAGCAGCAGUUCCCAUCAUCUCUCCCCGUGGUUCGGGCGCCACCGCACUCCUCGGCUUCAACAAAGGCGUCGUCCCCGCCAAAACCACCCCCGUUAAGAAGCAACUCCGCACCGAGGACGGCAUCUUCGGCACAUCCGGCGGAUUCGGCUUCACGAAAGCUAACGAGCUCUUCGUCGGCCGCGUAGCGAUGCUCGGCUUCGCCGCGUCGCUGCUGGGCGAGGCCAUAACCGGCCAGGGCAUUCUCUCGCAGCUGAACCUCGAGACCGGAGUCCCCAUCACGGAGGCCGAGCCUCUCCUCCUAUUCUUCAUCGCCUUCACUGUGCUCGGCGCGAUCGGCGGUCUGGGCGACCGCGGGCGAUUUGUCGACGACGAGGCGCCCGCAGGCCCGCCGGUGAAGCCCGGAAGUUUCAAGGCGGCGCUGGGGCUGAGCGAGGACGGGCCGCUGUUCGGAUUCACCAAGGCGAACGAGCUGUUCGUGGGGCGCAUGGCGCAACUAGGCUUCGCCGCGAGCUUGAUCGGUGAGGUGGUCACCGGGAGGGGCGCCUUGGCGCAGCUGAAUAUCGAGACGGGGCUGCCGGUUUGGGAGGUGGAGCCGUUGCUGCUGGCGAGCAUCGCGUUCUUCUUUAUCGCGGCCAUCAACCCGGGCACUGGAAAGUUCAUCAAUGACGACGAGGAGUAGCGACCCAGCCCAUGUAUAUAUACUAGCUCUUAGAAUACCAAUGUACACAGAAUUUUCUUAAAGGACUACUUGACCAAAUUCCA